UUUCUUUCUCUCUCUCCACAACUUCCAUCUCCCCUCUCCAAACAGGUCAUAAAAAAUGAGAGGUGAAAGAGAACAAAAGGUGGUAGUCUGGUAGAUGCAUGAGCAGCAAUCGCCCAUCUUUUCUUCCCCCUCCUCUCUCUCUCUCCUCCUGUACCAUCGCCAUAGUCGCCACCUUUCAUAGACUAAUCUACUCUCCUGUCUUCAUAAAUCUGCUAAAAAAUAACCCAAUUGAUUUCCCUCGAUUUCUGUGCCUUGUUCGCCACCUUAUCUACAGCUGGUUUUAGUGAUUGUGUUUGUUGUUCGGCCAUGGUGAGCAUUCGAAGGCGUAGACUCUUAGGUCUCUGUUCAGGGCGUAAUUCUUUCUUGGCUCCAUUCCCAAGAUUUUCUGAAGGUGGAAAUGCUAAUCCAAUCCAGAACAUAAAUCUAGUCAGUGUCGAUCCUAUGCCUUUGUUUGAUGCAGAGCCAAAAAUAGAGGUUACUGUUUCAAAAGUAAGCGAGGAGUCGUCACAUGGAUCUGGAUCUAGUUCUUCAAAAGACCAGCCUUCUCAGCAUUUCCCAGUUGUGGAAGUGAAGCGCAGAAAGAGAUACAGGCGAAAGCAUUUGGAAAAUCAAGAACCGUGUUUGAUGAGAGGUGUUUAUUUCAAGAACAUGAAAUGGCAAGCGGCUAUAAAAGUUGACAAGAAACAAAUACAUUUGGGUACAGUUGGAUCUCAAGAGGAAGCUGCUCACUUAUAUGACAGGGCUGCAUUUAUGUGUGGGCGGGAACCAAACUCGGAACUGUCCGAGGAAGAGAAGAAAGAUCUUGGGAAACUGAAUUGGGAUGAGUUUCUAGUAUUGACUCGAUCAGCAAUUACGAGCAAAAAACACAAGAGAAGUGGGUUAGGAGGAUUGAGAAGAAAGCCUUCUUCUUCUUCAUUUCAAAACAGUGACAUGGAAAGUGAUCAACAAGAAGAUGGAGAGGUUGAGACAUCUCUCUCUUGACAACUGAGAUCAAGAGAGAUUUAAAACUCCAUUGAGAUUUUGUUCCUUAAUAGGCUUCUUGGAUUAUUUCUUCUUCAUUUUUUUCUUUUAUAAUCUCAUCAUUUGUUUCUGGUGGUUGUGUAUAAAAGUGCUCCUAUUAGGGCAGAUCAGAUUAUUAUUAUGAUUUGCUGUUUU